CAUUAAAAAAAAAAAUAAACAAGGAAGAUAACAUUUCCAUAUCUUGUCUCUGGGAAAUCUCCCAGUUUUAAUUAAUAAAAAUCCUUAACAAUCAAACUGUGUUAAUCUUUCUUCAACUAAAAUGGCUGCUGCUGCUGCUGCUCAUGCUAAUGGAGAAGAGCGCGAAAUACAGAAGACUUACUGGACAGAAAACUCUGCGGAUUUAACAAUAGAGUCCAUGAUGCUCGACUCCAAAGCCUCUGAUCUUGACAAAGAAGAGCGACCUGAGGUAUUGUCUGUCCUUCCACCGUUUGAAGGAAAAUCAGUUCUGGAGCUCGGAGCCGGUAUUGGUCGUUUUACUGGAGAAUUGGCCCAGAAGGCUGGCCAAGUUCUUGCUUUGGACUUCAUUGAGAGUGUCAUAAAGAAGAAUGAAGAGAUUAAUGGACACUACGAGAAUGUGAAGUUUAUGUGCGCUGAUGUGACAUCCCCCGAACUGAAAAUCUCUGAAGGGUCGGUCGAUUUAAUUUUUUCAAAUUGGCUUCUCAUGUAUUUAUCGGAUAAAGAGGUUGAGAAUUUGGCAGAAAGGAUGGUAAAAUGGUUGAAGGUUGGUGGGUUCAUAUUUUUUAGAGAAUCUUGUUUCCACCAAUCUGGAGACUGUAAGCGGAAAUACAAUCCAACCCAUUACAGGGAACCUAGAUUUUAUACUAAGGUUUUCAAAGAAUGUCAUUCAUGUGAUGAAUCUGGAAAUUCCUACGAACUCUCUCUUGUUGGCUGCAAAUGUAUCGGAGCUUAUGUGCGAAACAAAAAGAACCAAAAUCAGAUUUGCUGGAUAUGGCAGAAAGUUCGUUCGCAGGACGACAAAGGGUUUCAGAAGUUUUUGGACAAUGUUCAGUACAAGUGCAGUGGCAUCUUACGUUAUGAACGUGUGUUUGGCCCAGGUUAUGUCAGCACUGGAGGGCUUGAAACAACAAAGGAAUUUGUAGAGAAGUUGGAGCUUAAGCCUGACCAGAAAGUUCUAGAUGUCGGGUGUGGCAUUGGAGGAGGGGACUUCUAUAUGGCCGAGAACUAUGACGUCGAGGUUGUUGGUAUUGACCUCUCUAUAAAUAUGAUUUCUCUUGCUCUUGAAAACGCAAUUGGACUCAAGUGCUCUGUUGAGUUUGAAGUUGCCGAUUGCACCAAAAAAGAAUAUCCAGAGAGCUCAUUCGAUGUCAUAUACAGCCGGGACACCAUAUUACACAUUCAAGACAAACCAGCAUUGUUUAGAUCAUUCUUUAAGUGGUUGAAGCCAGGAGGGAAGGUUCUCAUCAGUGACUACUGUAAGAGUCCUGGUACUCCAUCUGUGGAGUUUGUCAAGUAUAUCAAACAAAGGGAAUAUGAUCUCCAUGAUGUGGAAGCAUAUGGGCAGAUGCUUAGAGCCGCUGGUUUUGAGGAUGUCGUUGCAGAAGACCGCACUGAUCAGUUCAUACAAGUUCUGCAACGAGAAUUGGAUGUUGUUGAGAAAGACAAGGAUGAAUUCAUUGCCGACUUCUCUGAAGAGGACUAUAAUGAAAUAGUUGGGGGGUGGAAAGCAAAGCUAAUCAGGAGCACAUCUGGGGAGCAAAGGUGGGGCCUCUUCAUUGCCAAGAAGAAGUGAUGAUUUGAGUAGCUGUUUCUAAUAUGUAUCUUUGAGUUCCUGGUCCUCUGCUGUUAGUAAAUGUCGUUUAAAUAAUAAAUGUAACAUCUUAUCAGCUGUGUCUUUGUCAAUGCCCGACUCAGGUGUGCAUGAGUUAUUUU